AUGAUUUGGUUCUUUCUUCUCACUGUCAAGGCGGCGUCCAGCGCUCCGUUGGAUGCUCCGAAGCACAAGGUCUUCGAGCAAUAUGAGUUCUUGGAGAUCUUGCAGGUUGGGGAGGCGACCGAAGAAGGACUGCACCCACACGGCCGGACUGGCUCGCACCGCCGGACUGGCUCCGCGGGCGAAGCGGGACAACGAGACGGGUGGCUCCAGGUCUAUGACCAUGCAGUGAAGGCCAUGGCCUUUGGUCGUUGGAAUCACUUUUUGCAGUUGGUCUCUGAGAAAGCCUUUCCCAGCGGCCACCUGCCCGAUUUCGAGGAUCCCAAGGCCCUGGGUGCGGGCAGCUUUGCCAUCACCUACAAGGCCACCUACAAACCGACGGGCCAGGUGGUCGCGGUGAAAGUCUUCAAAGACAGUGCCGGUCUUUGGAUCACGGCCAGUGACUACGGUAAGUAUGAGAACAAUGCGAGGAUCAUCAACAUGAGCAGAACCGAAUGCGUGAACCUGCAGGAGAUCCAACAGCCGCAAUCACAAUCAAAGGAUCCGACCGGUUCCUCGCACGUGACGAAGUGCAUCUAUGAUGGCAUUACGAUCCCCUUGCAGGGCGGUGAGGAAUUUGAGAAUGUGCCUUUGCACAUUGUGUUAGAGUUUGGGGGCACAGACGACCUGGACAAGUGGUGGGGAAAACAGCUGAAGCUGAAGAAAGCCAAUUCGGACUAUGUGAAGCUCAUGAAGAAGGCUACGAAAGGAAUGCUUGAAGGUCUACGGUUCUUGAGCGAGAGCCCGGGUGAUGUGCAAUGGGUGCACCAUGACUUGAAGCCUCAGAACAUGGUCGUGAACGACCAGACUGCGGAGGUAGUUGUAGUGGAUAUGGGCACAGCCUUGAGCACCAAGAACGAGACUGCGAAAUCCGCCUGUACACCCUUUUUUUCGCCCGCCCUCCUUUGA